AAUUGGGGCUAUCAAGUGGGACACGUUGCUAAUAUACACGUGACUGAAAAUUCUGUACUUAGUUUCAUUUCAGUAGUUACUUAA